CUUUCUUUCUUUUUUUUUUCUUCUUUCUCUGGAAUGCGAUUUUGUGUUGGAGGAAAAGUUUAGCUCCAGCAUGCCUCUGGGACUGACGCGCUGAGCUGAGGAAUGGCAUCAGCCGUGUUUGAAGGGACGUCUCUGGUCAACAUGUUUGUCCGGGACUGCUGGGUCAACGGGACCCGGAGGCUCAUCAUCAGCCAGCGCGGAGAGGAAGAGGAGUUCUUCGAGAUCCGAACCGAGUGGUCCGACAGGAACAUCUUAUACUUGCACCGGAGUUAUUCCGAUCUGGGCCGGCUGUUUAAGAAACUGCUGGAGUCCUUCCCUGAGGACAGGAGAGACCUCUCCAAGUCUCCUCUGAUCGAAGGUUUGGUCAAAAUCAAAGAGGCACACGACACAGAGGAGAAGCUAAAUGAGGUGGAAAGACUACUAAAAAAUGCCAUUAACAUGCCGUGCAAGUACUCCAGGUCAGAGGUGAUGUUGACUUUCUUUGAGCGCUCGCCGCUGGACCAAGUGUUAAGGAAUGACGAAGUCCACAGAAUCCAGCCAUGCUUUCAGAGUCCAAUCAAGAUAUCAGAAAUCAUGCGGUCGAAUGGAUUCUGUCUGGCCAAUACAGAAACGAUUGUAUUUGAUCACAGUAUCCCAGAGGAAAAAGAGAGGCCUUCAUCUACAGACUCUGUAGAGCACACGUACGAGGAUGAACCCGAGUUUUUGCCAAUGGAAGCCGAAGUAUGUGAUGAGGAAACAGAAGCUUAUGUCACCAACUUGUCCUACUACCACCUGGUCCCGUUUGAAACUGACAUCCUGGAAUGAAGUGGACGGAUGUCUCUUCAGUGGAACCAAACUAUGCAAUGCCACACAUAGCUGCUCCAGUUCCAUGCUGCUGCUGCGUGUCUCAACAGCCCUUACAGCUGCUUACGUUUCUUAGAGAACGCACCAAGACUGUAGAGGAAACAAGCACCACAACUUCAUUUAUGGAACAYAAACCAGUGUGCCUCAUCCGGAGCCUUACUUCUUUUAUCAUMUGGCUGCAAAAGACGUUAAAAGCGAUGCAGCGUAAUGGUGGCAGCAACAGAAGAACUUCACGGCAACAUUUCUAUAUAUAAAAUGUUACACGGCUGCUUUAAUGGAACAGAAUUCUAAUCUAAUAUCAGUGUUUGUUGUUUGGAGUACAACUAUGAUGGCUGUAUAAGGACCAUGCAUCAUCAGAAGUUUGGAAACAGCUAUAACUUAUUUGGUGUUUAAGUAGCAAAGUUUUCAAUUCACCGAGUCAUUUUAUUAGUCUCGUUUAGUUUCUUGUUGUCUUCUCUGUAAAGAAAUAUUUCAAAUCUUUUAAAGUGAGGUUMAUAAAAAACGUUAUGAACACUUUAUAACUUCUCUUCUUUAUAUAGCAAUUUGAMCCUUCUCAGUUUGAAAACCUUGAGUUUAAUUCGACUGGAUAAAAGAGCUAACAGCAAGUCUGAGCCAGGAUAAUAACAAAGUGGAUUUCUGCCGACUUAAAACUGAUCACAAAAAUUUGAUUGCAGCUAAACCGCCAUUUUAUAAACGUCUACAUUGCCAUUAGUUUUGGUUGUUUCUAUAACAUUUGAUAAACGUUUUUAAAACAGCAUUCACAUAAACCGUUUAUUGAGUUGCUUUAAGAUUUUUUAAGGCCUCAAUCCCCUUUGGUCUUUGCCGUGCUCUGACUAGCUUUCAGCUCGYCAACCUGAUUAGAACUCAUCUCUAUUUCUGCAAACAGAUGCUCAAAAAAGUGUGUAAGWUAYCCAUGUUCRUAACCUUUCUACAGAACCUCGUUUCAGAAUAUCCGAACUGUUCCUUUAAGCUGUUGUUCUUGUUUAGCCGUAAUUCAUGCAUCUGCAGCUCCCAUUGUUUUCUCAUUCGAACUACUCCCCGACGUGUUAACCACAGUAUUACCUCUCUGAAAAUCUGUCCUGAAGCUCUGUGUGUUCCURUUGUUUAUGGCGCUAUUUUCACCAGCAUUCACUUUCAGACUGUGUUCCAGCUUAACACAAUUUUUUGUUGUUUUUGCUGUGAAUUAUAUGUGGUUCCAUGACAUGAUGGUUCUCGAAGAGCGAAGUGAAACUAAACUUCAUUUGUUCUGAUGUGACU